CUCGGUAACUUUACGACUAUAGGCACAGAAAGUAGCUCAAAGAGACGCUUUUCAUCGAGCUGGAUGUGGAAAAAACAAGAGGAGAAAACGACUAAUACAGAGAAGGAAGGAAAAGUUUAUCGAAGUACCUUUUACUUUGGAUUGUAUUUAUUCGUUCCAUUUGUAUUUAUUUUUUCCGGGAGGGUUGAUUUGCUCAAGUGACGGUGUGUGCCAGCAGUGUGGAGGUGCCGUGACUGAAUGUUUCCGUGUAUUGGUUGAAAAAGUUAACGCCAGGUGAAUGUAUAGUAUGAUGAUGGAGACUGAUCUACACUCCCCAGUGCCCCAAACGAACACGAAUUCGGGGCACACGGGAGGAUCAAACAAUGGGAACAAAGUCAACCAAGACCGCGUAAAGAGACCGAUGAACGCCUUCAUGGUUUGGUCCCGGGGCCAGCGGCGGAAGAUGGCUCAGGAGAACCCCAAAAUGCACAACUCCGAGAUCAGCAAGCGGCUCGGCGCCGAGUGGAAGGUGAUGUCCGAGGCGGAGAAGAGACCCUUUAUCGACGAGGCGAAGCGGCUACGAGCUAUGCACAUGAAGGAGCAUCCGGAUUAUAAAUACAGACCGAGACGGAAGACCAAGACACUGUUAAAAAAGGACAAAUACUCUUUGGCCGGUGGGCUGCUUACCGGGACAGGGGGUGGGGGUGUCGGUCUAGGGAUGAGCCCUGGGGUCGGACAGAGGUUAGACAGUCCCGGGGGUCACGGUGGUGCGUCUGCUGCCAGCUACGCGCACAUGAACGGCUGGGCGAACGGUGCGUACUCGGGGCAGGUGGCUGCAGCUGCGGCGGCCGCGGCCAUGAUGCAGGAGGCUCAGCUCGCCUACAGCCAGCACCCGGGCAGCGGGCACCACCACCACUCACACCACCACCACCCGCACAACCCCCAGCCCAUGCACCGCUAUGACAUGUCGGCCCUCCAGUACAGCCCCAUCUCGAACUCUCAAAGCUACAUGAGCGCCUCUCCGUCCGGCUACGGCGGGAUCACCUACACGCAGCACCAGAGCUCUGGUGUCGCCUCGUCCGGGUCGAUGGGCACGCUGGGCUCUCUGGUGAAAUCGGAACCGAGUGUGAGCCCUCCCGUCUCUACUCACUCGCGCGCCCCGUGUCCCGGGGACUUGAGGGACAUGAUAAGCAUGUAUUUACCGACGGGGGAAGCUGCAGGUGACCCGUCCGUUCAAAGUAGACUUCACGCGCUACCGCAGCACUACCAGAGCUCCACGACAGGGUACCUAAAGAAAAGGACGACGUUGUGGUAGUCGCGAGGAAGGGAACAAGACAGGCUCGAGUCACAACACCUGUUGACUUGGCUAAUGUCUCGUGGGAGGAACUUCGUCUCGGUCGACUAAUGUUUUGAUUUGAUUUUUUUGAACGGGCUUCUUUUGAUUAUCUGUCCGGUGACAUCUUUUUUGACCAACAGGAAGACGCUCACGCCAUCGGUCAACAGGCCUACUGAUGACAGACUCACCCCUUUUAAAAUAAGUUAUUUGACUGUCUGUUUUUGCUCUUCUAAGAUCCCAUAUAAUUUCCCUAAUAAUGUAAACUUAAUUGUGGACCAAUUGUGAUGAUUUGACAUGUGCGUUCUGGCUAUUUGUUGAUCAUGCAAUAUAACUAUGAAUCAUUUUUUUUCACAUUCCCUGUUUCAUGUUUGUCAUUAUACUCAUAAAUUAACUCACAAUAUUUCAGUAAUUUCCACAUCUCGUAAUGUGCGUAAAGAUUUUACUUUUCAUGGACAUAAUUAUCAUUUUCAAGAAAGUACAAAAAUACGUGUAUUGGUCUAAAAUAAUUUCAUAAACUAUAAUAUUCAAAUGAGGGAAUAAACGAAAUGAGGGAAUAAUCUCUGCUCUCAUUUUAUUUCAUUCAUUUACAUUGAACUUUCAGAAAGCGUUGUUAUUCAAACAUUUCCAGCACUUGUUGCAAUUUUGAUGGAGAUGACAGACACAAACUGGAAGAAUCAGUGCGCCAAGAUGGAGAAACAUAGGCCCAAUAUCAUUAACUAAUGGUGCAAAUCUGCAAUGGCAUUCUUUUUACAUGUUGUUUGUAGAGAAUGUUCAAACUUGCGUCAUAUUGGCCUUUGUUACUCGUUUCCUCCAUGAUUUUUGUUCGCGGUGCAAUAAAGUAAAUUCAUUGAAAAGUGGAAGGAUUAAAAAUGAUAAGUAAAGAUGCUUAUUUUGUCAAGGAUGCUUUCUUUAGAGACGGGGAUCUUGGACGCAAGGCUUGAUCCCAAACUAAUCUAAAUUCAAUGAAAUGUGAAUGGAUGCAGAUACAAAGAAUAUACAAUUAUUCAUUGGUCAUUUAAUUAACAUUCUCAAAUGAUCCUUGCUCACUGCUUCAGGGUAUAUACCAGAGACGCUGUAAAGGCGCACGUGGAAAAAAAUCCUUUCAGCUUCAGCGAAAUCUGUCUGGAGACCUGGUGUGCCAUUGACAUAUCUUGGCCUAUAGGCCUACCUCGGCAAUGAAGUGUGAAGUUUUAAGGGGAUAGACAUAACAAGUUAACAAUCGAUUAGAGCUGAGUAACUGAUCAAUAAUCGGUGUGUAUAUCUUAAUUUACUCCGUGCGUACUCCUCCUUACUGAAGUGGAUGAAUCAGUGUGCAGUCAA